CUCUUGUGUUGUCCAAUAAUUGACGAGUUUAAAUUGUUUUAUUCCAAAUAUCUUACUGAUUUCUUUCAAUUUAAGUGAAUUAUCUUUGCAACUAAUACGGCAGUCCGUGGUUGCAUCUGGGCAUAGCCAAAAAACAGCUUUCAACUUGCCGUCGUUUGGAAAGAUAACCAACAGCGAUGGCUGAUAGUGCUGGCGAGUGGUGUCUGAUCGAGAGCGACCCGGGAGUUUUCACGGAACUAAUCCGUGGAUUUGAUGUUGAGGGAGUACAGGUGGAGGAACUGUGGAGUUUGGACGAGGAGCACUUCAAGAACCUUGAACCUGUUCAUGGGUUGAUUUUCUUGUUCAAAUGGGUCAAGGACGACGAGCCGGCGGGAUCUAUCGUUCAGGACAGUCGUUUGGAGAAAAUUUUCUUUGCCAAGCAGGUGAUCAACAAUGCCUGUGCAACUCAAGCAAUUCUCAGCAUUCUACUCAACGCAAAACAUUCGGACAUAAAACUUGGAUCAACUUUGGCCGAUUUCAAGGACUUUUGUGUCUCGUUCGAUGCCUAUAAUAAGGGUUUGGCUAUGAGUAAUGCUUCCCAAAUUCGCACGGUACAUAAUUCGUUCGCAAGGCAGACAUUGUUCGAACUGGACAACAAACAAGCUAACAAGGACGAGGAUGUGUUCCAUUUCGUUGGGUACGUUCCUAUCGAUGGUAGACUGUAUGAAUUGGAUGGACUGAAGGAAGGUCCAAUUGACUUGGGUGCUGUUGGCGCCGGGGAAGAUUGGCUAAACGUUGUGCGGCCCAUAAUCGAAAAGCGUAUUCAGAAAUACAGCGAAGGUGAAAUUCACUUCAAUCUGAUGGCGUUGGUUUCUGACCGGCAGAUGAUCUAUCAGCGUCAGGUUGAUCAAUUGCUGCAGUCCAGUGGUGAAGACGAAAUGGAGACCGAUACUAAGCAGAAUGAAAUCACUCGACUGCGAAUGUUGAUCGAGGAUGAGGUGGCCAAGCGUAAGCGAUACAAGGUGGAGAAUAUUCGCAGGAAGCAUAAUUAUUUGCCGCUGAUAGUAGAACUGCUGAAAAUUUUGGCCCAGAAUGGUCAGCUAAUGCCGCUGUACGAGAAAGCCAAACAACGGGCGGCUGAACGGGAGACGCAAGGGAAGGUGCCCGCUCAGAAGUAAAGGUAAGCGAGUUGUUGGAUGGCUACAUGCCACAUUAACAUUUGGGGUUUGAAUAAAUUUUUACUCUGAGCUAUAAUAUAA